UUCAGCUGAUUAUCCAAUCCUCAAACACUUGCCUCUCUCUCUCUCUCUCUCUCUCUCUCUCGUUUUUUGGUUGUGUCCUAUAUUAAUUUCUCAUGGCAAGAAUGUCUGAUCCACUCGUGGUUGGUCGAGUGAUCGGGGAUGUGAUCGACUGUUUUGCAACCAGUGUCAAAACGACGGUCACUUACAACUCCAACAAGCAUGUGUUCAAUGGUCAUGAGCUCUUCCCUUCCACUGUUACCGCUAAGCCUAGGGUUGAGGUUCAUGGCGGUGACAUGAGGUCCUUCUUCACACUGGUAAUGACAGACCCAGAUGUUCCUGGUCCUAGCGAUCCAUAUUUAAGGGAGCACUUGCACUGGAUGGUUACGGACAUCCCAGGAACAACAGAUGCCACGUUCGGAAAAGAGGUGGUAGAGUACGAGAUGCCGAGGCCCAACAUCGGAAUACACAGGUUCGUCUUCAUCCUGUUCAAGCAGAAGAGGAGGGACAUGGUGAGAGGCCCUUCGUCGAGGGAUCGCUUCAACACCCGGCGAUUUGCCGAAGACAACGAGCUUGGCCUUCCCGUUGCGGCCGUCUACUUCAACGCUCAGAGGGAAACAGCCGCCAGGAGACGUUGAAAGACGACACGGCCGUGACUGUAACGGCAAUGAAACUGUGUGCGCAACAUAAAUGGAUAGGUUCAUGCAUCUGGAUGGAACCCUAGAUUACUAUGAUGUGAUAUAGCUUAAGAGAAAGCUUUCUUUCUAUAACGCGUGAAGUGUGUCAAGCGACUGUGCCGGUGGUCAGAAUAAUGGAUAUUAUUGUCAAGUUCAGCGUGGAGUCCGAAAUGGACUUUGAUGUAACGCAAUAGUGUGCGUUUCAUCUUGUAUCUUACGUCUUGCAAUAAUAACAAGCUAGGAUGCGAAAUGUUUG